UCGGGUGGUCCUACUGAGUAUUACGUCAUAGUCUUUCUUCCCCCGGACUGGCACUGCGAUCUUUCCAAAUCCCAAUCCCAACAUCACAUGCUGAUCCGAGGAUGGUUGUAUCUCCUCCAUCUUUCGACAAUACCCCUAUCACCCUCAAUAUUCACCAUCAGAACUCAUCCGCCACCUUAUUAGUUCCGUCUGGGAUCUCAAUACAUGAGCUCUGCCAUCAACAUCUCUCGACUCUGAACACCCUCCCAUCAACCGUAGACCGAAUGAUCUUCAAGCUGAUACUCAAGAGCCCACCACGGACAAUAGUCUCACCAGGCGAAUCCGAUCACAAAUCACUCCAUCAGCUCGGUUUCAACUCCAAGGAUGCUCAGUACCGGAUCUUACUUCUUACGACAGAACUCUCUGAAGUCCAACGAUCUGAGCAAGCAGCGCAAGACAACCUCAGGAGAGAACAAGCGCGUCAAGCGGCACUCAAGAACCCGGCGAAAAUCCGAAACACCACUCCCAAACACCGAACCAAUCCUGAAGAUCGCUUCAGCUUUCGUCAAGUGGCCCUGUUACCAAACUUACCAUUCGAAUCCAGAAGGCAAGAAUUGGUUGACAAACUCGCAACUGAUCCAUCGAUACUCAAACAGAUGAUCAAGUUCAAAUUAGAGGUCGGAAGUCUAGGCGAAUUGCACCCUUGGCUCGAUCCUCAACUCUUGGGAGUCAAUCAGAACGCCGGCCAGUCUAUCCGUCUUAGGCUCCUGACUGACGACCUCAAAUCUGUUCGGCCAUUUACGAUGGUCAGAAGAGUUUUGAGCCACGAGCUAGCCCAUAACGUCUUCGGGCCCCAUGACAACCAAUUCAAAGAAUUGGAUUCCAAAAUUCACAAAGGAAUGCUAGCUUAUGACGAAAGUGUCAAAUCAUCGAGUUAUCGACUCGGGGGGGACAUGGGCGACCACUACGAGCCUGAAACGGCUGAACUUGACUUCCAUUGCAGCACCUCGUCUGGUACUGUUGACGGUCAGAAUCCGGCUCAUGGUCAACAAUCCAGCAGUCAAUUGAAUCAGACAGUAGGCUCUUCGGUCGUUAAUCAGACUCCGAACGAUAAUCCUAGGCUUGCUGCUGCUGAAGCCGCUCUGAAAAGGGCCGCACGGAAGAAGUAGCGCCCAUCCUGUUUAGCCUUUUGGGAAUCAGGCUGAAUAGUCAAUCUUCCUGCGUCGUUGUUGUAGGAUCAGACAUGCAAUCAUCCAUCUUUUUGUAUAGAUAUAACUGCCUACGGAAUGUUGUUUGCCCCUGCCCAAUUGUAUAUAUAUCCACACUUGUAUCCUCAU